AAUAGGCCGUGGAGAAAAAGAAAAGAAAAGAAAAAGCCCAAAUGAAAUAAAUACCCCCUCAAAUAACUCAGUAAUGGAAGACUGAACAAGAGCAGAGACUGAGAUGACAAAGAAACCCUCGAAGACGAAGGAUUUUUUAUCUGCAUCUGCUGAAAACCCUUUGAAGAUAGCUGAAAAGGAGAAAUUGUUGAAACCAAAAUCAACAGAAAAGAAGAUGACGAUGAGAACAAGACAAUCAACAAGAAGUGCUGAGAUAACAAAACCCAUGUCACCAAAGGAGUUGAAACCUAAACCUAAACCAAAGAAGAAAGAGGAUUCUAAAAUGCCCAAGAAACCUCCAACUGCUUUUUUCUACUUCUUGGAGGAUUUUCGGAAGGAAUACCAGAAACAGAAUCCAGAUGUCAAAUCAAUGCGUGAUGUUGGCAAGGCAUGUGGAGAGAAGUGGAAGAUUAUGUCAUAUGAGGAAAAAGUACAAUACUAUGAUAUAGCCACAGAAAAGAGAGCAGCAUUUGACGAUGCUAUGACAGAGUACAAAAAAAGAAAGCAGGAAAAUGACGAGGAUCAAGGAAGUGGUGACAAUUAUGAGGAGUUGAUGUAUUGAAAAGGAUGAUAAUUGCGCGUAUAGGUGCAGAAAUGUAUAUUAGCUGCAUAUAUGUCAUGUGAGAUCUAUCCAUUGAAACUAUCCUUGUGUGUUAAUUUUUGAAACCUACUGCUCCCCAAGUACAUUAACGAAACCCUUUUUCGGGCUAGCUCAAUCAUGGCCAAGGAUCUUGGAAGCAUCUAACUCCAGAAUAAUUUUUAGUGUAAACAUCUUCUUUUGUAUGUACAUCUGUUGGAUCUCAGCCGUAAUAUAAACAGUUUGCUCUCUCA